CCCUACAGCAUUGAACUGCGCUUCCAUUGCACCGAGUACUCCACUGGUGUCCGAGGAGGCUCCCCUAAUUCCUCUGGCCCUCUCUCUCUUUCUCACUCUCUCAAAUUCCUCGCUAAGCUUUGUCCCCCCCCCCGCCGGCUCAUGCUGUGCUCCCCUCCUCUCCUCCAUGCGCCUGUCGCGUCUCCCCCUGCCUCCUCGUCUGCCUGAUCGCUCAUUCACCAUGCCCCUCUUCAUGUAUGUUUGUCGUUCCCUGCGUCAGCAUGGGUGCUCCUCCAAGUUCCCUCUCUCCCUUGGCCAUCGUGCCGCUUCGUCUGCUGCCUCAGCUGGCUCCAUCCGUUCAGGAGUGCCCUCUUUCCGGUCCACUCCUUCUCAGCCCCGGUUGUCGCCGGAUUCCGCAGGUUCCAGAUUGUUUCGCACUAUAGUUUCUGCUUCCUACUCCGCUGACGAAUGCCGAGCAGCAGUCGCUUCUGUUGGUCGAUCUAGUCCUCGAGCUCUCUCCCCAACCAUGGUUCCCACCACGACCACCGUGCCUGGCUCGAGGAUGGCCUCUACCCAAGCUUCCGAGAAUCCGUUCUCUAGUCUGAUUACUGAUUUGCCGAAACCUGAUGGAGGCAGCUAUGGAAAAUUCUACAGCCUUGUGAAAUUAAACGAUCCGAGGGUUGACUCGCUGCCCUAUUCUAUUAGGUACCUGCUGGAGGCUGCAAUUCGAAACUGCGAUAACUUCCAGGUCACCAAGGAGGACGUCGAGAAGAUUGUGGAUUGGGAGAAGACUGCACCCAAACAAGUCGAAAUUCCCUUCAAGCCUGCACGAGUCAUUCUACAGGACUUCACCGGAGUACCAGCAGUAGUCGAUCUAGCCGCGAUGCGUGAUGCGAUCACGCGCUUGGGCGGCGAUCCGGACAGGAUCAAUCCUUUGGUACCCGUGGAUUUGGUCAUUGACCACUCAGUGCAGGUUGAUGUUGCUCGUUCUGCCAACGCCCUCCAGGCAAACAUGGAGUUGGAGUUCAGUCGCAACAAGGAACGAUUUGGUUUUCUGAAAUGGGGAGCUACAGCUUUCAAGAACAUGCUUGUGGUUCCACCAGGGUCCGGGAUCGUGCACCAGGUCAACCUGGAGUAUCUGGCCCGAGUUGUGUUCAACAGUAACGGCAUCCUCUAUCCGGACACUCUUGUGGGAACAGAUUCGCACACUACCAUGAUCGAUGGGCUCGGCGUUGCGGGUUGGGGAGUGGGAGGAAUCGAGGCCGAAGCCGCUAUGCUUGGACAACCGAUGAGUAUGGUCUUGCCUGGUGUUGUGGGGUUCAAACUGAAUGGCAAGCUACGGACUGGAGUGACAGCCACAGAUCUAGUGUUGACUGUAACUCAAAUUCUGAGGAAGUUUGGAGUGGUGGGGAAGUUUGUGGAGUUCUACGGAAAGGGGAUGUCGGAGCUGACCCUGGCCGACAGGGCAACGAUCGCGAAUAUGUCCCCGGAGUACGGUGCUACCAUGGGUUUCUUUCCGGUCGAUCGUGUGUCUCUGGAUUAUCUGAAGAUGACAGGACGGGAUGAGAAGAAGGUCGAAGAGAUUGAAGCUUAUCUGCGGGCGAACAACUUGUUCAUAGACCAUGAGAAGCCGCGAAAGGAUAACACUUAUUCAGCCUACUUGGAGUUGGAUCUGGACACAGUGGAGCCAUGCAUCUCUGGCCCGAAAAGGCCGCAUGAUCGGGUUGCGAUCAAGGACAUGAAGCAGGAUUGGCAAAGUUGUUUGGAUAACAAGGUCGGCUUCAAGGGGUUUGCCAUUCCCAAAGAUCAGCAGGAAAAGGUUGCGAAGUUCACAUAUGAAGGAAAGCCUGCGGAGUUGAGGCACGGCAGCGUAGUCAUUGCCGCCAUUACAAGUUGUACCAACACGUCGAAUCCUAGCGUAAUGCUCGGGGCUGGCCUAGUGGCAAAGAAAGCGACGGAACUUGGACUGGAGGUCAAGCCGUGGGUCAAAACCAGCCUGGCACCAGGUUCAGGGGUCGUCACCAAGUACUUGGAGAAAAGUGGAUUGAACAAGUAUCUCGACAAGCAAGGGUUUAGUCUGGUCGGCUAUGGUUGCACAACUUGCAUCGGCAAUUCAGGCGAUGUUCACGAAGCCGUCGCUGAAGCAAUCGCAGCAAAUGAUAUGGUUGCUGCAGCUGUGCUAUCGGGCAACCGGAACUUUGAGGGACGUGUUCAUCCGUUGACUCGUGCCAAUUACCUUGCGUCGCCUCCUUUGGUGGUAGCGUACGCGUUUGCUGGAACGGUGAACAUAGACUUCGAGAAAGAUCCCAUCGGAGUAGGCAAGGAUGGGAAGAACGUCUUCUUGAGAGACAUUUGGCCUUCCAACCAGGAGGUUGCCGAGGUGGUGGCAACCUCGGUCCUACCGGAGAUGUUUCAGGAGACAUACCAAACCAUCACACAAGGCAACACAAUGUGGAACGGCUUGGAUGUCCCUGCGGGAGCGCAGUAUGCGUGGGAUCCGAACUCUACAUAUGUUCACGAGCCUCCGUUUUUCAAGACCAUGUCCAAGGAUCCCCCUGGUGGUAUGAGCGUGAAGGAUGCGUUCUGCCUGUUGAAUUUCGGUGACAGUAUCACCACCGACCACAUCUCACCGGCAGGCAACAUCAACAAAGACAGUCCUGCUGCGAAGUAUCUGAUGGAUCGCGGAGUGGAGCGCAAGGAUUUCAAUUCGUACGGAAGCAGGCGCGGCAACGAUGAAAUCAUGGUGAGAGGGACGUUUGCGAACAUUCGGAUCGUGAACAAAUUCCUGAAAGGCGAAGUUGGGCCGAAGACCGUGCACGUGCCAACACAGGAGAAGAUGUUCAUUUACGACGCUGCCAUGAAAUACAAGGAGGAGGGCCACGACACGAUCAUCUUGGCGGGGGCGGAGUACGGCAGCGGCAGUUCUCGGGACUGGGCUGCGAAGGGUCCGUAUAUGCAGGGCGUCAAAGCGGUGAUUGCGAAGAGUUUCGAGCGGAUCCAUCGCAGCAACCUGGUGGGCAUGGGGCUGAUUCCGCUGUGCUUCAAGGAGGGCGAGGACGCCGAGACGCUGGGUUUGACUGGGUUCGAGAGAUACACUAUAGAGAUGCCACCGCUGAAGGACAUCAAACCGGGCAUGGACAUCAGGGUGAAAACGGACAACAACAAGGAGUUUAUGUGCGUGCUGCGAUUCGAUACGCAGGUGGAGCUGACGUACUUUUCGCACGGGGGAAUUCUGCAAUACGUGUUGCGCCAGCUGCUGAACAAGUGAUCGGGUUUCUCCAGGGACUACAGGGUAGGAUUACACUGAUGACCGUAGGUGCGUAGGUUAGAUAGGCAAUAGGACCGGGAUGCUUCGGCGGGAGAUCCAACACAGACAGGACUUUGAAGCCCAGGAUACACCUUGGAUGUGCACGUGUCUAAUGCACUCAGAGGAUCGUUCUGUUCCUCAUCCGACGACUCAUCCAGGUGAUUCAUGAAGCAUGAUUCAAUAACCCUCCUGUUAGCUCUGCACUUCUCUCCUGUAUCUGUAUCUGUACCUGUAUCCUUUUUGUACAUGUACGGAGGGUGGUGCAUAUGGGUCCUCUUUCCUGUAGAUUGGCAUCGCCUCCUUUCAAUUUGGCCAUCGAUUCAGUGACCUGAUGGAUACAAACUAAGACAGAAUCAUGGUGGCUGGUUUUGAGACUUUAGGCCAGGAUAGUGGUGAGCACCUUCUAGGCCAGACAUAGCCAGUUGUUACAUUGACCAUGGUACCUGCCGGUCAUAAUAUUUUUGUGACUCUUUCCCAUCACAUCGCUUUUGUCGAUGCCAAUAUAUGUGAACAAGACCUGGUUCAAUCAU